GGAGGAGGCUAAGGUCACUUUCUGUGAGUUCGGUACUUAUGGAAAUCGCAUGUACCGAUGAAGUUAAAGUUUAUAAAGAUGAGGGAGAAGAGGAUGAGCAGAAGAAGUCUUCAGAAAACUUAACUGAAGACAAAGUUGGUCUGGUAAUUGAAGGUGAAGGCCAGUGUGCACAAAAGGGAGCAUUUAAUUUUGGAUUUCUAUCUCUAAAUGAUUAUUAUCAUUCGUUCUUUCCUCUACCCUUUGUCACUGGUUCUCCGUCGUCGUUCCCUGUUGCCGCUUCUCCAUAUGCUGCAGCGGCAGCAGCUAUGGCUGCAGCUGCCGCAGCCGCGGCUGCUGUUCAUCACCAACAAGGUCAAGAAACUCCACAUUCAUCGUCUUGCUGUCUACCAUUACCGCCAACAUCAUCAUCAUCUUCAGUGACGGCAGCUAGUCGACUAGAUAACAACUUUGCCUUCCAACUAUCUACGACCACGACCACCAACACUUCAACAGGAGCAAAGAACACAUGUUCAUUACAACAACAGUCAACUGGUGGCGGUGGUGGGGGUAAUCAUCAUGAAGCCGUUGUAGUACCACCACCGUUAGGUUUAAGCACAGAUACUGGUGGUGUCCUACGAUGUCCUGAACUGUCUACAAAUCGGUCCUUUACUGAUAAUCAUCAGAGCAAUUGUGUUUCACCGAUAUUGCCUCCGUUCGGUGCACUCACACCAUCCUUGAGUGCUUUUAUGGCUGGACCAUUCUACGGUGCUGCUCUACAAGCUGCUGCUGUAGCUGCUGCAGUUGUGUCAUCUGGUUCAUCUAGUCCUAAACUACAAUCCCCUCCUCAAUGGCCACCUCCGCCACCACCACCGUCACUACACUCCCAACACCAACAACAACAACCACAACAACCAAGUAUCCCAUUAUCACUAUCACCUGUGCCUUUCAGAAUUCCUACACCGAAAUCUUCUUUAUGCUCUGCUUCUUCUUCUACUUCUACUUCUACUUCUUGUUCUUCUUCUGCUGCACUAUCCAAUUUUACUACAGUUUAUGAUAAUUUAGCUGCUUCACAUGGGAAAUCAUCUUCGUCGUCAUCGUCGUCGCCUUCAGUGAUAGCUGUAGCUGCCGCAGCUGCGGCUGCUGCUGCCGCUUUUACUCAUCAUCAUCAUCAUCAUCAAUCGUCGGCAUCAGCCUCACCAUUGACAUCACUGCCAUCGGUAUCCGCUUCGUCUACAUCAGCUGUUGCAGCUGCAGCAUUUCACUCAGAAUUGAUUAAAGCAGCAAUGAUCACAUUUGCAAUUGACGCGACUCAUCCAAAAUUAUUUAUGAAAAAACAAAAAACCGCUCACUCAAAUGUACCUAGUAUCUUUUCGAUAUAUACUGGUCAACAACAACAACAACAACAAUGUCAGAUUGAUAGUGAAGUAGAUAACGCUGACAAUGAUGAUGAUGAACUUCCCCCGGCUGGUAUACCAGUUGAAAAAUUACUACAAGUUAUACAAAUGCCAAAAUCACUGCCUAAUAAUUCUGAUAAGUCUUCAAAGAAUGAUGGUGAUGGAAAUAUUUAUAAACAAGCGUUGAAUCUACUUGAUGCAAUGGUUUCACAUAUUACUAAAGAUUCCUAA